CACACCCAACUCGGUUCCAUUUUGCGAUCGCGUCCCCCGCCCGGACAUUUUCAAACUCUUCACUUUUGCAUUGUUUUACCGUUUGUGAUCCUUUAGUGAUUAGUUUUUUUUUUUUUUCGAGAUACCGAACCCGUAUCUAUCAGUAUUGUGUUAUUGGUAGUCUGUAAGUUAGAUUUGUCGAGGCCAACUUGAUCGCGAGCUGGCAGAGAAGUUCUCGGCUUCUAUUGUGCCUAUCAAUCCAGUGUAUCAGUCAGCAUGUUUAGUCGAUUGUGUGACCUUGACUUGUAACGGUAAUUUUGUUUUACUUGGUUGAUAACAACGCUUACUCGAGAGGAAGGGAGAAUAAAUUUAAGGAUUUCGUUCCGCAUCGAUCAUGCUACGAUCGAGUGCGAUCGUACUGCUGCUGAUCGGCACCGUCAUAAUCGGUGGCGCGGACGCCGGUCGCAAGUCGUCCAGUCGGGUCGUGAAGGCUACCCCAUGUGGUGACAACGAGUACCGCUGCGACAACGGAGUAUGCAUCCCGGACACGAACCACUGCAACGGCAACAAGGACUGUGCCGACGGGAGCGACGAAGUUGGGUGUGAUUACUUCCUAUGCAAGAAACCGAUGUGGUACCGCUGCAAACAUGACAACAGCUGCAUCAGUGCGUCGUUCCUGUGCGACAAGCACGAUGAUUGUCCGUUGGGGGAUGAUGAAGAGAACUGCGAGAAUUUCGAAGUGCCGCACGUACCGGUGCCAUGUAGCAAGUUCGAGUUUACCUGCACGGACAAGAUGUGCAUUCCGGUGGACUUGGUUUGCGACGGGGUGGCGCACUGCUUGGAUGGGUCGGACGAGACCAUCGGAUGCUUGGAUAUCGAAAAGAAGUGCAAGGGGUUUCUGUGCAAGAACAAACACUGCAUCAAGAGCCACGAUUGGGUUUGCGAUGGAAUCGACGAUUGCGGAGAUGGCUCGGAUGAGGAGAACUGCUUCGCCGGGUGUGAUUUGGAGCAUGGCAAGUUCGAGUGUGCGGACAAUAGCACGUGCGUCGAUCUGAAACAGGUUUGCGACGGGAAGGAUGACUGUGGAGAUCGAAGCGACGAGGGAGGAUCGUGCCAAUCGAAGGAGUGCGAUAGCUUGAGGUGUCCAGAGGGUUGUAAGAAUACGCCGCACGGCGCGGUUUGCCUGUGUAAACCGGGCUACAAAUUCAACAAGAAGAGUAAAGCUUGCGAGGAUAUUAACGAGUGUGAACGAUACGGAUUGUGUUCGCAGGGGUGUGAGAAUACUCCGGGGUCGUUUCGGUGUACGUGCGUCAACAAGUUCAAACUAAAGGAAGAUGCAAGAACAUGCGAGCUGGAUGAUCUUGCCGAACCGCUCUUGCUGUACACCACUCAGAAAUCCAUCGGUGGACUGCACAUGGACACCAAACAUCAGUACUACGUGGCAAAGGACCUUUCGCAGGUGAUCGGUGUCAGCUACGAUGGAAAGCACGUCUAUUGGACGGACAUCUCCUUCAAAACGGAAUCGAUCGAGCGAUCGCUGGAAGAUGGAAGCAAACGCGAACUGUUGCUGACCUCCGGUUUGGCUUCUCCCGAGGAUCUGGAUCUGGAUUGGCUCACCGGGAACAUCUACUUCAGCGACAGUGGCCAUAUGAUGAUUGCCGUCUGCUCGAACGAUGGUGUUCACUGUUCGAUACUUAUCCAAGAUACGCUGCACAAACCCAGAGGUAUAGCUCUGCUGCCUCAGAACGGAACCUUGUUCUACUCGGACUGGGGAGAUAACGCCAUGAUCGGAACUGCCAAUAUGGAUGGUAAAAACAAGAAGAUCCUGAUCGACAAAGACAUCCAUUGGCCAAAUGGACUGAGUCUGGAUUGGCCCAACGAGCGACUGUACUGGGUUGAUGCCAAACUGAAGAAGAUCGAAAGCAUCAAAAUGGACGGAACUAACCGGGUGACGGUCCUGUCUGAUGUCCUCAAGCAUCCUUUUUCGAUUUCCGUGUUCAACGAUCGCAUCUACUGGUCCGAUUGGGACACUAAGAGCAUUCAAUCCUGCGAAAAGUUCAACGGAAAGGACCGCAAAAUUGUAGUGCACGACCGACAGAUCUUCGACGUCUACAUUUACCACCCCGCCCUGCAACCGAAGGGCGAUCAUCCCUGCUUGGGCAACUUCUGCUCCCACCUCUGUCUGCUGGCACCGAAUGACAGCUACAGCUGUUCAUGCCCAUACGGUAUGAGCCUUAAGGCGGACAAGCAUUCGUGUCGUGAAACGAUCAAGCGGCAGUACCUCCUGCUGGGCAUCUCCAACUACCUGGUCAAGCUGGAAACGCAAACCUUCGGACGGCACGAAACAUCCCAAGCCGAUGCCUUCCAAAUCUUCUUCCACCGGAUGGCCUUCAACACGAUCACCGGGGAAAUCUUCGUCGCCGAUAAUCGUCAAAAGGCGAUCUUCACCGUUGAUCUCAAAACGAAGGCGUCGCAGCGACUGAUCACAACCGGAAUCGGAAACAUCUCCGCUCUGGCUUUCGACUUCCUCGGCAAUAACCUCUACUGGGCGGACAGCGAGCGAUCAACGAUCGAAGUCUUCUCACUCCAGACCCGCCAGCGAGCCAUCAUCCAGCACUAUCUGGGAAUGGACAAGCCCGUCGGCCUAGCGGUUAUCUCCGAGAUCGGUAAAAUGUUCAUCGCCCUGCGAUCCUCGUCACCAGUUCCGCACACCCACAUCGACCGCCAGGAUAUGACCGGUCGAGGUCCUCACUUGCACAUCAUCGAGGAACGCGUCAGUGGGAACGGGACGUUCAACUUCGUCGCCGAUCGGGAUCUCCGUUCGGUCUACUGGAACGACAUGGGUUUGAGCAAGAUCGAGUUCACCAGCUACGAAGGUGACACUCGGCAUCUGUUCCGGGAAUAUCUCCGGCUCCCGGUGUCCAUAGCCAUCGUCGGAGACAGUUUGUUCUGGACCUGCUAUCGAUCAAAGCGCCUCUACUGGUCCGACAAGCACAACCUCGGAGUGACGAAGAAGAUCACCAUCGAUAAACCACCGUACGGGGCUGUCCCGGACGAGAUCAUUCUGCUGGGAAGUCAACCACUUCAGCGGUACGAUCAUCCCUGUCAGAAGCAGAACGGAGGUUGUUCGCACAUCUGCGUCCCCGCCGGGAUGUACAGUACGGCGUGCAUCUGUCCGACGGGAAUGAUUUUCAGUUCACCGAAGAACACAACCUGCAUCGACGCGAUCGACUGCGAGUUCAAGUGUACCAGCGGCGAGUGCUUAACGAUCAGCAAGCGAUGUAACGGAAACAAGGACUGCGCGGAUGGGUCCGACGAGAAGGGCUGCGAUGGGGAGGACAGGGUGAAGCAACUGGAAUGUCGUUACGAUGAGUUCAUGUGCGCAGACAAGAGCAAGUGCAUCGAUCAGAAGCUGCGAUGUGAUAAACACUUUGAUUGCGGAGAUCACUCGGACGAGAAGAACUGCGAGGGGUACGAUCGGGGAAUUGGAUGCCAUGAGAAUCAGCAUGCAUGUCCGGAUGGGAUGUGCAUCGAUGUGAACACGCUGUGCGACGGGUUUCCGGAUUGUUUGGACGGGUCGGAUGAGGUGGGAUGCACGGAGCUGAACAAUGAGAAGACGAAUGCAACGACCUGUGGACCGCAGAUGUUCCGGUGUAACACGGGGCAGUGUAUUCCGAGGUGGUGGGAGUGCGAUGGAUCUCCAGAUUGCUCGGAUGGGUCGGAUGAGCAUGAAAAGUGUUUGCAGAAGAGCGAGUGUAAGGCUGGCUUCACCAAGUGUGCUAUGGGGCAUUGCAUCGAGGAUCGACUGGUUUGCGAUGGCAACAACGAUUGUGGAGACAAUUCUGAUGAACUGAGCUGCAAGGUUGAAGCAGAGCCGUGUGUCGGAUUGGAGGACGAUAAUCCGACCAAGUUCCUAUGUCCGAAAUCUGGAAAGUGCCUGGAUAUUGCGGUACGGUGUAACGGAACAUCGGAGUGUCCGAAUGGGGAAGACGAGGCGGAGUGUAGCGUCUGUGGAAUCCAUGAGUUCCAGUGCAAGAGUGGCAAGUGUAUCCGGAAAGAGUGGCGGUGCGACAAGGAGGUCGACUGCGAUGACGGAAGCGAUGAAGUGGAUUGUGGAACGUCCCGAGAGGAUGUUCAGGUGCAUGUGGCCUGUGGGGACGGCACAUUCGAGUGUAAACCUGGUGUUUGCAUCGAAAUGAGCAAGGUUUGCAACGAAAAGAAGGACUGCGAUGAUGGGCAGGACGAAGGCAAGGGGUGCGAUGAUGCGUGCAAGAAGAGUCCUUGUGAACACAAGUGCAUCAAAACACCGACUGGAGCGAUUUGUGAGUGCCGCGUUGGGUAUACUCUGGCAGGAAACAAGAAGUCCUGUCAGGACGUAGACGAGUGCUCCGAGGGAAGACCAUGCGCUCAGCAGUGUAGGAAUACGUUUGGUUCGUAUCGCUGCUCCUGCAAUCCCGGAUUUAUGCUACGGUCGGAUAAGAUCUCCUGCAAAGCUAUUGGUCCCAGCCGCUACGUCCUAUACACCUCGUACAAUCAAAUCCGAAAACUGGAAGUAAGUCCACCGUCGAUCCGAAUCCUCAUUCAGGCCAACGAAUCUCGCAUCACUUCCAUGGACGUGGACGUUCGUCGACAGAUGCUCUACUUUACCGACGAGUACAACCCGGUAAUCUACGAGCAUGAUAUUGAACGCAACAGCACCCACGUUCUGUACAACGUUGGCCACCCGGAGCAUCUAUCGGUAGAUUGGGUCACCGGGAACCUCUACUUCUACGAUCGAUCAGAACCAUCCAUCAAAUUAUGUUCAAUUCAGCGCCAAGUUUGCUCGAGAAUCAUCACCUUCACCUCGCAAGUCUUCGUUAAAUCCGUGGUCGUUGAUCCAAUCAAUCGGAUCCUGUUCUACUCCGUCAUGCACUUUUGGAUCUUCGAGGUUCCGCAUUCGAUCAUCUACCGUGCCGACAUGGACGGGCAGAAUCAGCUGAUCAUCAGCAAGGACGUCUCGCAUGUGACCUCGCUCCAGUGCGACACGGAAAACAAGUUGCUCUACAUUACCGACAUCAGCACUCGAACGAUCAAGAUGAUCGACUACGAGGGCAAACAACUGCGCACGAUCGUUGAGAAGCAAAAUCUUGCCGUCAGCCGUCCGAUCGGAAUCACCUUGUACGAAAAUCAAGCGCUCGUCCUCAACAUGGCAUCGUCCACGGUAGGACAGUGUAAACUCUACGGCGACUACGAAUGUCGCCUCCUGGAGCUGAACGUCCACAACUCCAAUCAGCUUCUGAUCGUUCAGGAAUCACGCCAACCCGAAACGGAUAACGCCUGCGAUGCGAAAAAGAUCAACUGCAACCACGUCUGCGUACCCGGAGAGGAUGGAUCUGGUAAGUGCAUCUGCCAUAACGGCGAGCACAUCAACGAAAAAGACAUCUGUCCGCACACUUCGGACGCCAUGAGUCCCAAGGUCAAAACACACCUCGCCGCAACCGCACCGGAUGACCACGAACCAUCGGAUCAAUCCUCGACUGCCUCAACGGUCGCCAAUGUCUUCCUGGUAUUGCUGAUCCUAACUUUGGUCAUCGGAGGCAUCGGGUAUAUCUACCGGCGUCGCUUCCAGCAAAAAUUCGACAUCGGCAUGCACUUCCACAAUCCGGAGCUCAGCACGGUCGACGCGGCCGAGGUCAAAAUGUUCCAGAGCGUUCCGCGACUUCGCCAGACGGCGACCCACACGGAGCUGACCCUGGAAACGCCUCCCCCGGGUGCGGUCCCAACCGAACCAGGUUCCAGCGAUACGAUCAGGCAGCACGACAUUACCAUGGAGCUGGAAAACAUGUCCGACGCGGACUCGAUGAAAGACGCUUACGACUGCGGGGACGAUCCCCGGCAGCGGUUAAUCAUGUGAUUCGUCUAUCGUUUGUGAUUUUUUGUAGUUACUUUGUUGGCAAAAAGUAAGGAGAAAAACCCCGAAUUUGUAGUUGUUAGGAAUUAGUGUGUAGUAGGCUUGUCAUUUAGU